AUGGUUGAUGCUCAAGGAAUCUGUGAUGCUCAGGAUGGAUGGGGUGUGACUUACACUCAGAAAUCUACCUGUGCUCUAAAGGGAUCUACAGUGAUCCUGAGCUGCACUUACACAUACCCAAAUUAUUACAAAGUUCAAACAGUUUUCUGGACUAAGGGGGAGGUGGCCCGUGGUGAAGAGCCUCCUGAUCUGGCUUCAGACCCGGAGUACAGCGGUAGAGUUCAGUACGGAGACAAAUUGAAUAAAUGCACUCUCAAACUGUCUAAGGUUACAGAAAAAGACCAAAGGAGAUAUUACUUCAGAUUUAUAACUGAUCAACCUGGAGGAAAGUAUCAAGGUAAAGAUGGAGUUCAGCUUUACGUUACAGUUCUUCAGGUGGAGGUUCCAGAGACAGUAAAAGAAGGAGCUGCAGUAACUCUCAGAUGUAAAACAACCUGCACACUGACUGAUAAUCCAACAUUCACCUGGUACAGAAAUCAACAACAACUACAAACCACCAACUCCCACUCCUCUGAGCUUUAUCUGCGGUCAGUCAGGAUGGAUGAUGGAGGUCGUUAUCAGUGUGCUGUAGGAGAUCAUCGCUCCUCUGCUGUGACUCUUAAUGUAGGAUGUAUUCAGGUGGAGGUUCCAGAGACAGUAAAAGAAGGAGCUGCAGUAACUCUCACCUGUAAAUCAACCUGCACACUGACCUAUAAUCCAACAUUCACCUGGUACAGAAAUCAACAACAACUACAAACCACAACCACCUACUACUACUACCCCUACUACUACUACACCGAGCUUUAUCUGCAGUCAGUCAGGAUGGAGGAUGGAGGUCGUUAUCAGUGUGCUGUAGGAGAUCAUCGCUCCUCUCCUGUGACUCUUAAUGUAGGAUGUCUUCAGGUAGAGGUUCCAGAGACAGUGACUGAAGGAAGUGAUGUAACUCUCAGAUGUAAAAUCACCUGCAGACUGACUGAUAAUCCAAUAAUCACCUGGUACAGAAAUAAACAACAACUCCACACAGCCAACACCUACACCACUACCUACAGCAGUACCUACACCUACAACGAUCUUUAUCUGUGGCCAGUCAGGAUGGAGGAUGGAGGUCGUUAUCAGUGUGCUGUAGGAGAUCGUCGCUCCUCUGCUGUGACUCUUAAUGUAGAAUAUCCUCCAAAAAGAGUCUCAGUGUCCGUCAGUCCUUCAGGUGAAAUAAUGGAGGAAAGUUCAGUAACUCUGACCUGCAGCAGUGAUGCUAAACCAGCCGCCUCAUAUCAGUGGUUUGAAGGAACGAGCUACAAAGAAACAGGAGAAACGUUUACAAUCCACGAGAUCAGAUCUGAUGAUGGAGGAGAAUAUAAAUGUCGGGCCAGGAAUGAACUCGGAGAUCAGUACUCUACUGCUGUAAAUAUUGAUGUUCACUAUCCUCCGAGGAGCGUCUCAGUGACCGUCAGUCCUUCAGGUGAAAUAACGGAGGGCAGUUUGGUGACUCUGACCUGCAGCGCUGUUUCUAACCCCCCUGUGGAGAACUCCACCUGGUAUAAAGAACAAACCUAUAAAGGAAGUGGAGAAACCCUCACUGUUAGGAACAUCAGCUCUGAGGAUGGUGGAGAGUACAAGUGCAAGUGCAUCUAUAAACUACAAGCCAAAUACUCUGGUCCUAAAAUUCUAAAGGUUUUGUAUCCUCCUAAAAGAGUCUCGGUGUCGGUUAGUUCCUCUGCUGAACCUGAUCAGAGCGGUUUAGUGAAUCUGACCUGCAGUGCUGAUGCUGACCCCCCUGUGGAGAGCUACGUCUGGUAUAAAGAAGGUGGAAGCUCAGCUGUAGGAUCUGGACAGAGUUACGGCGCUCGGCCGGGUGAAUCCUACUACUGCCGGGCUCAGAAUAAACUCGGGGAGCAGACGGCGGCGGCGCAGUUCGUUACCUCGAUCGGUAUGGACGUUACUGGACUCCAGGUGCAGCUCUAUAUGCAGCGGGUGGAGUUAUAG